AUGCCCUCCGACCACCCCUCUCAUCCCCACGGGUACGCCCCUGGGCCCCACGGUGACCAGCAGCUGUCCAACAAUACAGACGUGGUUGCGUGGCUCGACGAAUUGCUUUCUGGACAAGAACAGGGGCUUGACCCGCGCUACUCCGACGGCACUCAACCGUACUUCUCUGGCGGCUAUUCCGGCGCUGGUUACCCACCGGGGUCAUAUGCACCAGGCACCUUCCCUCCCACCACUUAUCCUCCCGCGACACGGCACUCUGCCUCGUACUCUCCCGGCCAGUAUCCAUCUGGUCAUCCCUCCGGCUAUCAGCCUUCUUUUCAGCAAGGCUCUUCGACGUUGUCGAGCAUGGUCGCCCCCGUCUACGCGUACCCGCAGUACCCACACUCGGGUGCGCACUUCACUCAGGGCGCACACCAGCAACACUCCUACCAGCAGAUCCAGCACCCGACCGGAUCGCAGCCAUACUCUUCUCAGUAUGACGCCGGCUACGACCUUGCCUUUGGCCUGAACGACUUCGACGGCUCGAGCGCGGGCGAGAGCGAAACCGGGGGCAGCUCGAGGAGCAAACCCAAGAUCGCCCUUGAUCCCAGCCAGCCUCUGACCGUUGACGGGAAGCCCCGCGAGCGAGUCUACGUGGCCUGCAACCGAUGCCGUGUCCGCAAGCUCCGCUGCGACGGUGCAAAACCCGCGUGUCUCAGCUGCCAACACUCGUCGGGUGAGGUCUGCGUUUACCCCGACCACCCCAGGCGGCGCGGUCAGGACAAGGCACAGCGUACACGUUCGGCCGUCGGGACGCGCAAGCCCCGCCGUCCCGCAGCGCGCAAGGGCUCGAAGGAUCCGGACUCGGCGGGGAGCGUCAGCCCUGGCGCAAUGCCCGUCUCUGGCGCGCAGUGGACCCCGUACUAG